AUGACACAACAAGAAUCCACGGUUGAUGAAGUCACAGCAUCACAAAAUGGUCGUUUACCAAUCAAGUAUCCAACACCAUUUUUCAACAAAGAAGAACCUUAUGAGCCAUUAGAUACUUCAAGUUUAACUAAAGGGGCAUUUUGUUAUUCUGCUACUGUUGGUCUUCUUGCCGCUGCUACCAGAAAUGCUAUAAGUAAUGAUUCUAAACAUAUAUCAGGUAUUGUCACUAAACAUGGUAGAUUAUGGGGUGCAAUUACAGCAGUUAUAACUUCAUAUCAAUUUAGUUACGCAGCUAUAUCUAACCUUAGAGAAAAGAAUGACUACAAGAAUGAUGUACUAUCUGGUGCAAUAUCUGGUGCAAUUUUGGGAUCUUUUAAAAAAAGUUUAAGUGCUUCAUUGGGUACUGGAUUAGCUUUAGGUUUAUUAGGUGGAUUACUUCGUUGGUCUGGUGGACUUUUAGGUACUGAAAACAAUGCAAUUAAUGCGCGUGGUAAAGGUAUUGACAGUGGAUUAGUUCGUGAACAAAACUCCAAUGGUGAUGAAGAGUUCAAACAAGGAUUUUGGGAAGUUGUUAGAAGAAGACCUUUGUCACAUACCAAAGAAUUUUUAGGAGAUGCAUGGGAUAGAAGAUAA